CCGCACAGAAAUGUAGGGCAUUUGAAUCCAUGAAGGAGGGGGUAAAAACGGGACCGGGAGAAGUCUCACUUUACCAAGCACCUAUGUUGACAGCUGCCGAAGUUAUUCAAUGUCAUGCCACGUAGAGACAACUAUAAUAAUUUCUUAGAUCCAUGCGAUAUUUCUGCUCAAACCUGGGUGUCUAAACAACGUUGUCCUACGCGAUUAAAUUAUAGGAACCUUCCAGUGGCUGUCCACGGUGUCACUCGGAACUAUUUCUUAACCGGACAAUAAAUACAUAUAGCCUCAAAGGUUCAGGGGGGGGAAACGAUGAAGACGUAAUGAAGAAAAUGACCGUUUAAAUGAUAUCGUACGUAGUUUGCAAUUCAAUUCUAUCAGAGACGUGAAAUAUACAACUCCAGGGGAAGUGUGAAGUAUAUAAGUAUGGAGUCGGGCCGACGGAAAGGUCUCAGCGGGGUCCUGUCUUCCUUGUCACUGCUCUGUGUCAUUCUGGACCUCCAAUUGGACGGUGUCUUGGGGGCAACUCAUGUGGAGAUUGAGCAGCACUUGGAGAUGGGCCGUAAACUGUUGGCUGCCGGUCAACUGGCGGAGGCCCUGUCCCACUACCACUCCGCAGUGGAGGGCGACUCUAAGAACUACCUGACCUACUACAAGCGGGCAGCUGUGUUCCUGGCUAUGGGAAAGUCCAAGUCUGCCCUGCCGGACCUGACCAGAGCCAUCCAGCUCAAACCUGACUUCCUCGCUGCCAGACUGCAGAGAGGGAAUAUCCUCUUGAAGCAGGGUAACACCCAGGAGGCCCGUGAGGACUUUGAGGCUGUGCUGCAGCGCUCCCCUGACCAGGAUGAGGCGCGGGACCAGCUGAUGAGGGCCAACGAGCUGGAUGAGCUGCAGGAGGAGGCCCACGCGGCCCACCACCGAGGAGACUACAGCACCACUAUCACUGUGCUGGACCGUGUCGUAGAGCUCUCCCCCUGGGACCCUGAGUCUCGGGAGCUCCGGGCUGAAUGUUACAUUCGUCUGGGAGACCCUCGGAAGGCCAUCCAGGACCUGACCCCCACCACCCGGCUGAGGAACGACAACCGCGCUGCCUUCCUCAAGCUCAGCACCCUGCACUAUAGCCUGGGGGAGCACCAGGAGUCACUAGGUCACAUCCGGGACUGUCUGAAGCUGGACCAGGACGACAAGGAGUGUUUCUCCCAUUACAAACAAGUGAAGAAGCUCAGCAAGCAGCUGGACUCUGCCGAGGAGCACAUCCAGGAGGAGAGGUAUCAGGAGGCCAUAGAUAAGUAUGAGUCAGUGAUGAGGACAGAGCCUAAUGUACCCUACUACACCAAUAAGGCCAAGGAGAGGAUCUGCUUCUGCCUGGUCAAGAACAAGAUGCCUGCUAUGGCAAUAGACAUUUGUUCAGAGGCUCACCAGAGAGACCCACGCAACAUCAACAUCCUCCGAGACAGAGCUGAGGCCUUCAUCCUUAACCAGGACUACGAGAAAGGGGUGGAGGACUACCAGGAAGCGAGAGAGUUUGACAUGGAGAACAAUGAGAUCAGGGAAGGUCUGGAGCGAGCCCAGAAACUGCUCAAGCUCUCCCGGAAGAGGGACUAUUACAAGAUCCUGGGUGUCAAUAGGAGUGCCAACAAACAGGAAAUAAUCAAGGCGUACAGGAAGCUGGCCCAACAGUGGCAUCCUGACAACUUCAGAGAGGAGUCGGAAAAGAAGGAGGCAGAGAAGAGGUUCAUCGACAUCGCCUCUGCUAAAGAGGUGCUCACCGACCCAGAAAUGCGCCAGAAGUUUGACUCCGGUGAGGACCCCCUGGACCCAGAGAGUCAGCAGGGAGGAGGCAGUCAGGGUGGCCAGGGAUGGCCCUUCCACUUCAACCCCUUCGAGUCCGGCGGCAACUACCACUUCAAGUUCCACCAUUAGUGAGGAGGAGACGAGAAACAUGGGGGGGCUGACUGACGGAACCAGGAAGGACUUAAGAUUGGAGGAUUUUAGGCCUAUGACAACCCGUGGCGUAACUGGUGGAUGUACCCAGGGGUUGGAUGUGGGGCAUUGUGGGUAAUGUAGUGAGACAAUGGGGAUGUGAAUGACUGUAAAAGGCGUUGGACUACUACUGUACCGUGAGGGGUUGAGUUGUACAGAGUUAAACUUUCCUACCACAGAUUCAACAUGGAUGAAAUUAAGUGACAAUGUUGUCGGCUGUUGACUCGAGCGUUGAAGACGCGCAAAUAAAGUCCUGCAUUGGUGCGCUGUUCAGUCCUCCCAACUUGGCCCAGGCUGUUGAUCCUGUCAUUGCAUCCAUCCAUGUUCUUUUUCUUUGGGAUGUCUGCUGCUGCUUUUACUUUUGCUUGGGAUUUCUGCCAUUUUUCAUCUAUUAAACAUAGCUCUGUUGGUUUUUGCUCGACUAGCAUGGGUGCUGGACUGUUUCUCCAUUUUAUUUAAAGGCCCAGUGCAGUCAAAAAUGUGAUUUUCCUCUGCUUUAUAUAUAUUUUCACUCCCAGGAUGGAAAAAUAUUGUGAAAAUGAUGGUAAUGCCCUUUUAGUGUAAGCGCUCUUUGAAAAGUACGCCUGAAAUUUCAGCCUGUUUUGGUGGGAUGGAGUUUUG